AUGAGAGGCGCCGGACGACGUCGUACCAACUCUGUAGUACCGGAUCGCCGCCAUCCACCUCCGACUCCGAUCAAUGACCCAAGACAAUUUAUCUCCACCGGCGGCCGUGAUUCCGACGCAAGCUUCGCCAGUAGCCGGCCUUCAUCUGCCGGUGUAAACACACGGUCCUCCGCUAUCCCCAUCUCCGACCGCUCCUAUCAACUCUCUGCUCUGCGUACAAUCAAUGCUUACCUUUCCUCCCACUCUCUCCCUUUUACUCUCAAACAUCCUCUCCCUUCUGCAAAAGAUAUCACCGAAACCCUAAAAUUCAUUCUCUCUCGUUUCGGAUUUUCAUCAGCAGAGUCGCACAAACUCGAAGAUAAUCUCCAAACCCUACUGAAAUCCCUAAAUUGCCCCGUGAAAUUGAACAAGUCUGCAUUACGCGCCCCUGGGACGCCUCAUUCUUGGCCUAGUCUACUUGCAGCAAUUCACUGGCUUGUUCAGCUGUGUAAAUUUGAUGAUCACCGGUUGAGUUCGGCUCAACCACUAGCUCCGGAUAACAAGGAAUUGAGCUAUACUAUAGAAAGUUAUUUGCAUUAUUUUAGGGGGAAAGAUGAACAAGUAGAUGAAUUGGAUCGUCAAUUUAUGCAAGAGUUGGAACAACAUAAGGAGCGGUUGGUUGAGAAUGUGAAUGUCUUGGAGGAGAAUGUGAAGGCUCAAGAGGAGAAGUUGGAAGCAAUGAAGACAGGACCAUCGGAAAGAGAGACGUUGGAGAAGGAGAAGAGUGCGUUGGAGGAAGAUGUCAAGAAGUUUCAGGCUAUCAUUGAACAGUUAGAAGGGCAUAUAGUGAAAAUGGAUAAGAUGGUGGAAGAGAAAGAAAAAGGGUUAGAGACUAAGGUUACAGAGAAAGAGAGCAUUUGUGCAGAGAAUGAGGAGUUGAAGAAGAGGGUGGAGGAACAAGGGAUUAAUUCCAGGGAUGCAGAUAGGAUGAAGAGGGAGUUGCAUGCUUUGGAAAGGGAUAUUGGGGAUAUUGAGAACCAGAGGAUUGAAUGGGAGGAGAAGGCUUGGGACCUCGACUCUGCAAUUGGGAACAUGUACAAGAAGCUUGAGGAGCUAAUGAUCGAGUGCAACCAAUCUAUCAGGAGGUUAAAGCUUGGAAAUGAAUUUCAGUAUCAAUUGAAUCCCCAAGGGUCCUCACCAGCGGAGGUAUUAGGUAUAAAUUACAAAAAAACAUUAAAGCCCACUCUUGCAUCCUUUGAAGAUGAGAUGAAAAAGAGUUCCAUGGGGAAAAUGGAAGAGUUGAUAUCUCUCCAGGAACAGUCAUCUGAGAAGGCUAUGAAAGUAGAGUCAAAGAGGAAUCGUCUGGCUACUCUUCAGGCUCGCAUUGAUGAUUUGGAGGCUCAGUUGGACUUGGUAAAGAAGGAAAGACUGGACUUCACAUCUAGCUGUGCAACAGAAGCCGGAAGGAUAGUUGAGGAAGUUGAAGCAGAGACUCAGAAGUUGGAUCAGGUUGAAAGAGAGGCGGUGGACUUUCUGAAGGCGUCAAAGGCCAAAUUACAGGAAACAAUCGCACAAACUGAGGAAGAAGUGCAGCUGUGUGCCCGUGAACUCUUUGCUGUUGUUGAUUCAGUCUCAAAAUAUAAAGAGUAUAUUACAUCAAAAGUUGGCAUGAUGAAGAAUGAUCUCGCAGAGGCUGCCGGGACUAUAGCAGAUAUGCAUAAAGCUGGUUUGCCUGUCUCUGACGCAAACCACUGAUUCCUCCUGAUGAUAAUUCCAUUAAUCUUCGUUUACCUCAUGUUUCUUCGUUGUUACUAAAAAUAUGGUUAUGUUGCAUAAAUGGUUCUAUCACUUACAAGGUCUAUAAGUAGGCACUUCUCGGUUUGGUCUUUAGAAGAGUGAAACACUGUUGCUGAUAAGAUCUCAUCCUUAAUCUAUGGCUUUAAUUUUAAUCAUU